UUGCUUGCUCGGACAAGCAAAGGCGGUGGUAAUGUAGCACUUCAAACUGACGUUGAAUUUUCUACCCACCAGAACUUUGCCCACGCCUACCCACAAUACAUUAUUCCGUUAAUUGAGAACAUCUUCCCCUGUAUAAUACAAUGUAGAGGAUAAAUGUUCUCGAUGUGUGGCUGCGAUAAAUGUGGGCAGGAGAUCCGGACUCCAAAUCACCCUGAAAGUCUUCUCUCUCUCCUCCUGGUUUUUCCUGCAGAGCUAGCUAGGGUUUCUUGUCGCUGUGGAAAUCCUCGUCCGGUCACAGAAGAAGUUCGUUUAGUAAUGCUGUACGAGCUUCUUUGAAUCAACAAACAGGUCUGUUUGAAGGGAAUUUACGUGACAUGGCCUUUCAGGGGAAGAAACUGAUUAAUGAUCCAAAUGAUGUGGUCACUGAGUUCAUUGAAGGCCUAGUGGAAACUUAUCCCGGUUUGCAGUACUUGGAUGGUUUCCCGCAGGUUAAGGUUGUGUUGCGUGCUGAUGUUUCAGGUUCUAAAUAUGACAAAGUUGCAGUUAUUUCAGGGGGUGGAAGUGGGCAUGAACCUGCUCAUGCUGGAUUUGUGGGGGAAGGGAUGCUGACAGCAGCUAUCUGUGGAGAUGUUUUUGCCUCUCCUCCUGUUGAUUCCAUCCUAUCUGGUAUCAGAGCUGUGACAGGUCCUAUGGGAUGUCUUCUGAUUGUCAAGAACUAUACAGGUGAUCGGUUAAAUUUUGGUUUGGCUGCUGAACAAGCAAAGUCUGAAGGUUACAAAAUAGAGAUGGUUAUUGUUGGAGAUGACUGUGCUCUUCCACCAUCUCAAGGCAUAGCUGGGCGAAGAGGUUUGGCUGGGACUAUUCUUGUCCACAAGGUUGCUGGGGCUGCUGCUGCUGCUGGGCUUUCUCUUUCUGAUGUUGCAGCAGAAGCAAAGCAUGCAUCUGAAAUGGUUGGAACCAUGGGUGUUGCAUUGUCUGUCUGCACGCUGCCAGGUCAGGUCACAUCAGAUCGUUUUGGCCCAGGAAAAAUGGAGCUUGGUCUUGGUAUACAUGGAGAGCCUGGUGCAGAAGUGACAGACCUUCAACCUGUUGAUGUGGUGGUUUCUCAUGUUUUGAAGCAAAUUUUGUCUACGGAAACUCACUAUGUUCCAAUCACACGAGGGAGUAGAGUCGUUCUUAUGGUUAAUGGGUUAGGUGGCACUCCGGUAAUGGAACUGAUGAUUGCAGCAGGAAAGGCAGUUCCUAAGUUGCAGCUGGAACAUGGACUGGCUGUUGCCAGAGUGUACACAGGAUCAUUUAUGACUUCUCUUGAUAUGGCAGGAUUUUCAAUUUCUAUUAUGAAGGCAGAUCAAACAAUUUUGCAGCGUUUGGAUGCCCCAACUAAGGCUCCAUGUUGGCCUGUUGGUGUUGAUGGAGAUCAUCCACCUGCUAAGAUUCCUGUUCCAGUUCCACCAUCUCGUUUGACUAGAAGUGAUGAGGCAUUAAGUCGACCUCAAGAGCUCAGCCAGCAAGGUUAUAUUCUUGAAGCUGCCAUUGAAGCAGCAGCGAAUGAAGUUAUCAGUCUUAGAGAUAGUUUAAAUGGAUGGGAUAGCAAAGUGGGUGAUGGUGACUGUGGGUCAACUAUGUUUAGAGGUGCAACAGCCAUCCUUGAGGACAUGAAGAAGUACUAUCCUCUGAAUGAUGCUGCAGAAACAGUAAAUGAAAUUGGCUCUUCUAUGACAAAGGUUAUGGGAGGAACGAGUGGGAUCAUAUAUGAUAUAUUCUGUAAGGCGGCAUAUGCAAAGUUGAAAGAAAGCACUUCACCAGUGGUUACAGCCAAACAAUGGGUUGAUGCACUUGAAGCAUCCAUUGCUGCAGUCAGUAAAUAUGGAGGGGCAAGAGCUGGUUAUCGUACACUGUUGGAUGCCCUUAUUCCAGCAUUGGAAGUUCUUCGAGAGAGACUAGAUGCAGGAGAUGAUCCUGUCGUUGCUUUUGUUCUCUCAUCUGAAGCAGCACUGAGUGGUGCAGAGUCUACCAAACACAUGCAAGCACAGGCCGGUCGUUCGUCCUAUAUCUCUGGCGAGAUCCUUGCAUCUGCUCCAGAUCCAGGAGCCAUGGCUGCAGCGGCAUGGUAUAGAGCAGCAGCCUUAGCUGUAAAAAGAAAAUUUCAAGCUUCAUAACCGGGAGAGUAUGGCUACUGAAACUCUCACUACAUCUCCUGGUCUUCUGUUGGGUUAAACAGGAAAAUUUUGCGCAGAUUUUUGCGCGAGUCUUGUUUUUUUUUUUUUUUUAACUCAUUAGGCUUUCCGUUUAUGCAGUUGUGCAUAUAGCUGAGAGAGCGAGAGCUUCGUCUCUAUAUGUCAUAAAAUGUCUGAUUUGAAGAACGCAUGCAUCAAAGAGUUUACACUACUUGGAGAAGAAAAGAACAAUGCCGAGGCAUUGAAAAAUCCGAUGCGUUUGUCAUCCUGAAUCUUGUUAGGGACGGUUAUUAGAUUAUCGUUCAUUCAACUUCAGAUGCUACAAACAGAAGCUUGUAUUUUUGGUCUGGGGAUGCAACACACUCUUGGAAUAGUUCAACGAAUCCAUCAGAUCAGACCCGGUUGUCUUCAGAACCGAUAUUGGUUCUGGUUCAAUUCCAGAUCCUCAAUAUUUUA